GUUUCAUUCAGAAAGUGGUAUUCAGCAUUUUAUGUGCUUGCUUACUAGUGAAAUCUUAGUUGUACAACUAACUGAUCAUGGAGAAGCUCGAGCAGCAGCCUCCUUUUAGCACAGAGACACUCGAUAAGUAUGGCACUGAUUUAACCAAAAUGGCACAAGAGGAUAAACUGGAUCCUGUAAUAGGGAGGCAGGAAGAGAUGGAGCGCGUGACACAAAUUUUAUGCAAGAGACGAAAGAACAACCCGUGCCUUAUUGGUGAUCCUGGUGUUGGGAAAACUGUGAUUGCCGAAGGGCUCGCCCAACGAAUAUCAAAAAUCACGGUUCCAUUAAAACUUGUCGGAAAGAAGGUGUUUUCAAUUGACAUGGGGCGUCUUAUUGCUGGCACAUCAAAUAGGGGAGAAUUCGAAGAAAGGUUACUGAAUGUGGUUGAUGAAGUCAAGCAAAGCGAAGGGGCCAUUAUUCUGUUCAUUGAUGAGUUGCAUACACUAAUUGGAGAUGGGGCUGGAGGGCAAGCACUUGAUGCUGCCAACAUUUUGAAACCAGCUCUUGCAAGAGGUGAACUGAAGUGUAUUGGUGCAACAACACUCGAUGAAUACAAGAAGUACAUCGAGAAGGACUCUGCCUUGAAAAGGCGGUUCCAGCUUGUAGAAGUGCCUGAACCAUCUGCGGACGAGGCAAUAGAGAUACUCAAAGGUCUGUGUCUCAAAUAUGAGACCCACCAUAAUGUUCGUUACUCUGAAGAUGCUUUAAUUGCUGCUGCUCGUCUCUCAAAACAAUACAUCAACGAUCGUUUUCUGCCCGAUAAGGCAAUAGAUUUGAUAGAUGAAGCAGGUGCGCGGGCUCAGAUUCAUCAAACGCAAGCAUCAUCAAAGUCACAAGAUGUUGGUGUUGUGACAGUGACUAAAAGUGAUAUACAACAAUUGGUGUCUUCCUGGACAGGAAUUCCAGUUGAGAGUGUUUCAAGUGAAGAAUCAUAUAAGCUCCUUAAAAUGGAAGAAACACUCCAGCACCACAUUAUAGGACAGGACGAAGCAGUUGAAGCAGUUAGCCGAGCCAUCCGCCGAGCCAGAGUUGGCAUUAGUGACCCCAGCCGUCCCAUAGCCAGCUUCUUAUUUGCUGGCCCUACAGGUGUCGGCAAAACAGAACUAGCUAAGGUAUUAGCCGUUGAAUACUUUGGCUCCAAGGAAGCAAUGGUUCGGCUUGACAUGAGCGAAUAUAUGGAGAAGCAUACUGUGUCGAAGCUUAUUGGGUCACCUCCUGGCUACAUUGGCCAUGGUGAUGGCGGCCAACUUACUGAGGCAGUUCGGCGCAGACCACAUAAUGUGAUUCUGUUGGAUGAGAUGGAGAAGGCUCACCCAGAGGUUUUCAACACAUUUCUUCAGAUUUUGGAUGAUGGAAGGUUGACCGAUAGUAAAGGUAAGACUGUUGAUUUCAAGAACACCAUCAUCAUAAUGACGUCAAAUGUUGGUGGUGAAUUGAGUGGGGGAUUUGAGAAGGUGAAAAAGCAAGUAGGUGAAGAGUUAAAAAAAAUAUUCAGGGGGGAGUUUUUGAACAGGUUAGACGAAGUGAUUGUGUUCAAGCGGCUAUCGUACUUGCAGUUGAAGAAGAUUAUGGAGAUAAUGCUGGGAGAAGUGUAUGAAAGGCUGAAAGUAAACAAGAAGAUAAUAAUGAGAGUAACAGAUAGGUUGAAGGAGAAGUUAGUUGAGGAAGGGUACCACCCUAGGUAUGGAGCAAGGCCAAUGAGGAGGGCCAUAAGGAGGGUUGUUGAGGACAACCUGGCUGAGAUGAUUCUUAAGGGUGAAGUUGAAGAGGGCGACAUUGUUACCAUUGACGCUGACUCUGAGGGCAAACUAAUUGUGUAUCCCCCUUCAACUUCUCUCCUUUAGGCGUUGCGUUGGUUUUUAGAGAGGAGACCACUCAUGGGGGACUGCAUGCAUAUUGUUUUCUUGUUUGUUGGGAAAAUCUACUCU